AGAGGAGGCGGUGCUCGCGGGGAGGAAGAGGAGGAGAAGGAGGAGGAAUGCAGCGGAUUCUCAAGCAACUCCUGCACAUUUUAAACAUGGACAACUGGCUGAGUGUGUGUGUGCUCGUGGGACUUCAGGUCGCCUGCUGCCUCGCGUAUGACGGGUCGGGAUACUGGCCUUACACUGACGAUGAGGAUGUAAGAUACACAGGUGUGCCAUGGUGUGCUCCAAUCAAAGUGAAGCACGGGCAUGUGAGCUGCCAAACGCCACGUGGUGAGCAUUAUAAGAAUGUGUUGGGAACCCGCUGUAAGAUCCACUGCAAGAGAGGCUACGAGCUCCAUGGCAGCAGCGAGAUACUCUGCAUGGCCAGCAAACAGUGGUCAGGAAAAUACACCUGCAGAGAGGUCCGCUGUCCAACUCUAGCCAUGCCAUCUAACGGUGGAUUUAAGUGUUCAGAUGGUUCCUAUUACAACUCCCACUGCCAGUUCUUCUGUUCACCAGGAUACAUACUCCGUGGAGACCGCAGUGUCACCUGCCAAAGCAGCAGGGCAUGGAGUGGUGGCCAGAGUGUGUGUCUGGAUUUGGAUCCUCCAGUCAUAAAGUGUCCAAAUGUAAAGGAGAAGACAGCUGAGCCAGGAAAAGUGACUGCAAAAGUGACCUGGGAUACACCGGAGGGCAAAGACACAGCAGAUGGCAUACUCACAGAUGUAAUACUAAAGGGGAAGCCUCCAGGAACACACUUUACAGAGGGAAACCAUAAACAAUCAUACACUGUGUUCGACCGGGCUGGAAACAAAGCUACCUGUAAAUUCAACAUCAGAGUAAAAGUCCGCCGUUGCACUCCCCUCUCAGUGCCUGAAAAUGGUUGGAUGAAGUGUGACAGUGCUGGUGAUAAUUAUGGGGCAACAUGUGAUUUCCGCUGCCUGGGAGGUUACGAGCUGAGAGGCAGCGCUGCCCGAGUUUGCCAGUUCAACAUGGAAUGGUCUGGCCUGGAAACCAGCUGUGCACCCAUGAACAUUAAUGUUGGAGUGCGAUCUGCUGCUCAACUACUGGACCAGUUCUAUGAGAAACGUCGCCUGCUUAUAAUCUCCACCCCCACAGCGGCCAACCAUUACUACAGAUUCCAAAUGACUAAUUUACAGCAAGCACAAUGUGGCUUGGACUUAAGGCAUGUGACUGUGGUUGAACUUGUGGGAAGGUUUCCAGCUCAAAUAGGACGCAUUAGAUACCAACUCAUCCCUCCAGGACUGGCCCUACAGCUCAGACUGCUGCUGCAGCUGUCUCAGAAUUCAUUUAAUCUGGUGCUGCUGGACAAACAGGGAGUGGACAAACAGCGCUACACAUACCCGGUCACAGCAGCAGAGAUCUUCAGCAUCAUUGACACCUUCCCCCUGCGCACUGAAGAGGCCCUUCUGCAGAAAGAAGCAGGUCAUGGCUGCUAGACAACUAGACAACUAAACCCCCACCCCCACCCCCACCACCACAGACACACACACAAACACACAGGGCCAUAAAUGCAUGAGUGAGUUUUUUAUACACAUAUUUGUGAUUUGUAAGAUGCUCUACUAUUUUUUUGUGUCAAUCUAUAUAUUAUUGUGUCAAUAUUUAUAUUAUUCUAUCAUAAUAUACAAUAUAGUUUGACCUCAUUCAAUCCAAUUUAAACUGUUUAUUUGGCUUUAAGAAAUAAAUAUGCUCACUUUGAUGUCUAAUUCCAAUGUGUGAUGUUACUGUAUGCUUGGCAACUCUGUCCACGGAAUAAAUAUCAAGUGCUAAAAUAUUA